AUGGAACAAUUUUUGAAUGCGCUUUUCAUGUUCAUGUUCGUGUAUGAAAUUGCAUCUUUGGUAAUGGUAAUUUCUGUCAUCAAUCGGAAAGUCAAUAUACCAUUUCGUUAUGUAGAGUCAUUUAGACAGACAAUGUUUAAGCCCAUAAAACAACCAAUUUUAAGUUUCGUCUUGAAUGUUCAUCAUCGAUUUUCUAUACUGAAGUUAAAUCAACCAGAACCCAAUAAAUAUUUCCAUACUAACAUGCAAUUUUUAUCGCUAAAUCAUGAACCUUGUUUCAUGUUUGCCGCUACUUUGUAA